AUGAUGGACCCGACAGCUAACCUAAAAACCUUUGCAUUUGAGUAUGGACUGAGUGGAAAGGAGAAAGAGCUUCUGUAUCUCCGAGAACGCUCAGCUGGACUCCGUCUCUGUGGCACCUUAAUCGACACGUUUAUAUGUCGAGAGAGCAUUAAAGAACAUAAUGCAGACGGAGAUUCACUGCGUGUGGGCAUACUUGGAUUGGGCCACAUUGGCAAGCAGUUGCUACUGUCGCUUCUCAACAAGACUGAAAUUAAACCCUCACACAUUCAGACCUCCACUAGAAGACCAGAACCUGCAGUGGAAUUUGUGCAGAAAGGGGUCGAAUGUUUCUCUGACAAUCGCAGACUGGCAGCGUGGACAGAUGUUCUCUUCCUUUGUUGUUUGCCAUCUCACCUCAUCAGAGUGUGUGCAGAUCUUCAUUUGCAGCUGUCAAAGCACUGUCUUGUGUAUGGCUUUAUCUCUGCGGCGUCUGUUAACAGGUUAGCAUGGCUUCUUGCGCAUAACUUCAUUUUCAAACCACAAUAUGACUUUGUUACAUGUGACACUACAGACAUGUGGCUGCCUAAAUGUCAGUUGACAGUGGCUUUGAAAGAUCCUGUAUUGAUGCAGGCAACAUGUCCUCUUGCAACAAACGGCGGUAUUUCUCUGGGUCCGAAAUGGUUGUAUGGAGUACUGUACAGCCUUCUGAAUAUCUGCACCGCUGCCAAUGUGGAAUCUGGCAAAGCUCUUGCUCUGAUCAACAAACUCUUUAAGUUGGAUGGGACGUCCACUGUGAAAGUCAUUGCAGAGAGUAUGUAUGUCAGUUCAUCUUGUGCAUCUGCCCUAGCUGCAAAUGAGUCCUUCCCAUGGAUCAGUUUGAUCGAUGUUCAGACAAAGCAGACACCCCUGUCACGCUUUUUAUCCAGUAGUAAACCUAUGCAGGAAGCAGCAUACAGAUCACUAAUGGAGAAGCCUUAA